UCCUAGCAAAGAGAGAGAGAGAGGAGAGAGUCUUGCUCGUGUGAGCCAUAAGCAGAGAAUUACAGCAAUCAGACGAAACUGUAUUUGCUUCCUUCCAUGGCGGAGAGCAGUAGCACUAUCUGCACAAUCAGUCACGGAUCGACUCCAAUAAGCAAAUUAGCUGAAGAUCAUCUCAUAUCCAUCCUCCUUCUCCUUCCAAUAGGAUCGGUCAUCUCUUUUGGCAUGACUUGCAAACGAUUCAGGUCAUUAACCUAUUCCGACGCUCUAUGGGAAUCAAUCUGCAGGAAAGAGUGGGGACAUACAUCAGUCGAUGCCAUCACUUUCUCCGUUGACGCGCUACAUCAACGAUUUCCUUCCACAUGGAUGAGACUCUAUCGUCAGGUCUAUCAACUAGAUACUAUAUCUUGUCAUAGACUUACAGUAGAUCCUGAAUUCGUUGAUGAACUUCUUCCUGGUCCUAGAGCUUCUCAUUCUCUCAAUUUCGUCUCCGAUUGUCUCGUUUUGUUCGGCGGUGGUUGUGAAGGAGGCCGUCAUCUGGGCGACACAUGGGUGGCAUACAUUGGAAACAACUUUAAUAGGACCGUGCAAUGGAAGAAAAUAAAUUCUGAAAUUCCAAGUGGCCGUUUCGGUCAUUCAUGUGUUGCGGUCGGAGAUUGCCUCGUCCUUCAUGGAGGCAUCAACGACCGCGGGGUUCGCCAUAACGACACAUGGGUGGGUCGAAUAUCGUUCCACGAAAGCUUUGGCAUAACAUGGUCAUGGAGAUUGCUCGACGUGGGACCUAUCGCACCUCCACCCCGAGGUGCCCACGCGGCUUGUUGCAUAGAUAAUAAUCGUAGGAUGAUAAUUCACGGAGGGAUCGGAUUAUCCGGUCAUAGACUCGGAGACGGGUGGGUCCUAGAUCUCUCGGAGAACCUCCUUUUCGGCACGUGGAGUGAAAUUACUACUUACCCUUCCCCUUCACCCGAAGCGCGGUCGGGUCAUACUUUGACUUACGUUGGUGGAAACCGAACUGUUUUGUUUGGAGGAAGGGGAACAGCUUACGAUGUUUUGGACGAUGUUUGGCUGUUGGAUUCUUCGGAGAGUCGGUUGAGAUGGGUGCAAUUACAAUUCGAGUUGAGGAAUAUAAACGAGAGAGUUUCACUCCCGAGAGUUGGGCAUACUGCUACACUUAUAUUGGGGGGUAGAGUUUUGAUUUACGGAGGGGAAGAUUCGUUUAGGCAUCGGAAAGAUGAUUUUUGGGUGUUGGAUGUUUGUUCAACGGUAAUGGUUGUGAAACCGAGGAGGGGGUUGGUUUUUAGGAAUAUGUGGAAGAGGAUGAAGACGAGAAGUAGUAGUUAUGGCCCGAAUGGGAGAUCGUUUCAUCGAGCUUGUGCGGAUCAAACAGGGCGUUAUUUGUACGUGUUUGGUGGAAUGGUGGAUGGGAUUCUUCAACCGGGAGAAUCGUCUGGUUUGAGAUUCGACGCCGAGCUAUUUCAAGUGGAACUUAUGUUGUAAGUAAAUGUUGGUGGGUU